UUUAUCUAGUCAUACAUAAGAUCUAAACAUCUUCUAAGUUUACUCAGCCGGAAGUGAGCCUUCUUGGGCAUACACAGAAGGCGUAACGAGUUGAAUGAAUCUUGCUGUACCGCUCUGUGCUGCGAGACUGGAAGAGACUCCACGGAGACACCACAUGGCCGCCGCCGGCGACGGCGGUGAGUCCCACUACCGGGAGGCGCUCCGCGAGGCCUUCGGUGACUCGUCGAGCAGCGAUUCCGACACACCCGCCGGUGUCAGCCCCGGAGCAGGCCGCGGGCACUGGAGGUGGGAGGCGGUGGCUGGGGUCAGGGGGCUGUGGCUCUGCGCCGCCUUCCUCUCCGCCGACGAGCAGGCGCGCCUCCUCAACGCCAUCCAGCGAGAAGGAUGGUUUAUUAAUGCAGACAACCAAGCGAUGAGAUUCGGCGACCUCCCUUCGUGGGCAGUCGAACUUUCUGCACUUAUCCGCGAAGCUAUCUGCGUCGGCGACGCCAGUGCCGGUCUUGGUGCGGAGGCGACGAACGAGGACGAGGAUGCGUGCCCUCUGCCAUCAGACUUGUUGUGGCGGGAGCCAUUUUUUGAUCAGAUGAUCGCGAACAGAUACAGACCAGGUGAGGGCAUCUGUGCUCACGUCGAUCUGAUGCGCUUUGACGAUGGGAUCGCGAUCGUCUCGCUCGAGUCAGCCUGUGUGAUGCGCUUCAGUCGAGCAGAAGCAGCCUCUGACACCCCGAAGCAAGGGGGCAGUGCCAGUGAAUCUACUGCAGAGGUCCCCGUUCUGCUGAACCCGGGCUCCCUUGCGCUCAUGUCUGGCGAUGCAAGGUAUCUGUGGAUGCAUGAGAUCAACCGGAAACCAGGCAGGCAGCUGUGGGAUGGCAGGGAGCUCGAGCAGCGCAGGAGGACCUCUGUUACGUUGAGAAAACUCCUGCCUUAUACGGACUAGAUCACUGGUCAUGACAGUGAACAAACUGUUCUGCAGUUACAGGACAGUAACCUUUUUGUGGUGGAAAAUUGUAAUAUGCUGUUGCUAAAGACAGCCAUCAUUGGAUAAUCAAAAGGCGCAGCCUAAGAGGAGUAUUGUUGAGUGCCUCGAGCUCUAUAUUAUUGGCAGGAAGCUGUAGCAUUUACCAUGCAUCAGGUAAUUAUAAGCUCUCUUUCUCCUUUUUGACACUAACCAUAGCUGGAGUUAGGGUUAGUUAGGCUGUCUCCAGCACGAGCCGCUAAACGGCGCUAUAUCUAAAUGUGGCGGAAGGGAAUCGUCCGCCAAACGCCUGUUGCUUCCUCCUCCCGCUUCGUCGGCUAGAUCCGGGGAAAGGAGAGAAGAUCAGGGGACGGCGGCCUUUGUGAGUGCAGGAGGUGUCCGGCGACCAACACAAAAGCACUGCGUCCGAAGAGCGCCAUCGGAAACGCCUCCGUCGUCCAGCCUCCAAGCUCGCCGCAGAGUAUCGUAGGUACUAGUCGUAGCACUGACGAAAUCGUGUUUUGUGCUUAACUGCUAUUGCUGUCUGGUGACUUGAAGUGAGAAUACUUGCAGUUGUGUCCAGUGGGUCAUGUUUGAAGAUUUAUUAAUUACGGUAUUGUUUCAGGACUUGAUCUCCUUGUUAA